AUGGAUCAAAUACGAUAUUGGAAUAUUAGAGGGGCAUGUGGUCAAGGCCUCAACAAAAAUUUAAGGGCUAUUUUUGGCAAUUUAACGCUUACAGUCCUGAUACUUUCUGAAACAAAAUGUGAGAGUGAUUCAAAGUUGCGUUGCAUCUAUUCCUUGGGUUUCGAUAGUCUUUUCUCUAUUCCAAGCACCGGACAUUCAAGAGGUUUGGCUGUGGCCUGGAAGAGUGAUUUAGUCCGAAUUUCAAUUCUUAGCAGCAACAAACAACUGCUGCACUUAAGAUGCGAAUUUUUAGGGAAACCAGCAUGCCUGCUGACUGCUAUUUAUGCAAUACCACACUCGAAUCUCCGUCAGACACUUUGGGAGGAUCUAAAAUUUUUGGCCCAGAGUACUGCUGAACCGUGGGGUGUGAUUAGAGACUUUAAUGAUAUUGCUGAAGCUUCAGAACGUGUGGGUGGAGGUCGGGUGAAUAGUAAAAGAAUCCGAUGGUUCAAUGACCAAUUAAAGGAUUGUGGUUUGACAGAUUUGGGUUUCAACGACCCUAAAUUCACCUGGAAAGGACCAAAGUUGAAGGGAUGCUCUCGAAUGUAUCGGAGACUAGACCGAGCUCUGGGUAAUGCUCUAUUUAUGUCUACUUUUCACAACUACUUAAUAAAGGUGUGCUCUUGUACAAAAUUUUUUGAUCAUAAUCCUUUGAUGUUGUGUUUGGAUGCUGAGAACCUACGAUUUAGAGGUACCAAACCUUUCCGUUUUAAAGCUAUAUGGAUUGAACAUGAGAACUUCCAAAGUUUUAUGGAAAAAUCCUGGAUGCUAGAUGAGGAUAUUAAUAAAAGCCUGUCUAAUUUUAAAAAUUCCAUUCUUAUUUGGAAUAGGGAGGUCUUUGGUUUUAUAGAAAAAAAGAAGAAGAAUAUUCUUGCUCGUUUGGCAGGGAUUCAGAAGGCUGAGGCUUACCUAUACUCUUCUUUCCUUUCUGAUUUGGAAAUCAAGUUGCAAUCAGAAUUAGAGGAGGUUCUUAAUUUAGAGGAGAUUAAAUGGUUUCAGAAAUCCAGAUCUGAGUGGAUAACAAAAGGGGAUCGUAAUACUCGAUAUUACCAUCUUAAAACUCAUAGGAGACGGAAAUGGAAUAAAAUUCUCUCCUUAAAGGACGAACAAGGUACUUGA